AUGAUGGGUGGUAUAAAUGAGCAUAUUUUACGCAACAAGAAGAGUAUAGCGAUCCACAAUGUUCCUCGGCUUGACCUUUCUGGAGGGGUUGAUAUUGAAGAGGACGAUUUGAAUGAAAUUGCUACUCGUUCGAGUAGCGGUUGGAGGAUUCCCGAAGCCAAUUUUUACAACGUUGAUGUUCAUCCUUCGUCUGAAGAGCCGUCAAUGAUAUAUCAUGAAUUAGCCAAAGGCGUUGUCAUUGAAAGUAAGGAAGAAUUGUUGGUAAAAGUGGGUUUAUACCAUUUGAAGCAUAAAGUGGAGUUCCGAACACCGAGAUCUUCAAAUUCUCGGUUAAAGGUUGUGUGCAAGCAUAAAAAAUGCCCAUUCUUGCUUUCUGCGAAUGCACUGACUGGAGAGGGCCGAGUAUUAAAGCCUGCGGAGAUUAUGGGUGACAUGGAGCGUGAUCAUGGCAUUAAGCUAAAAUAUGAUACAGCUCUGAGGUCUCAAAACGCCGCCUACGACUUCAUUUAUGGAGAUCAUAAGAAAUCCUGGGAACUUUUGCCGGCGUACUUUCAUAUGUCGAUGAAGGAAAAUCCUGGAACAUCGGCAUACAUUAAGACUGAUAAAGAUGACGUGUUUGAGUAUGCUUUCAUUUCUUUUAACGCGUCUGCAGGCUUCCUCAGUUAUUGUCGGCCUGUUAUUGUGAUUGACGGUAUGCAUUUGAAGGGUAAGUAUAAAGGCAUCUUAUUUGUAGCAACUACAAAGGACGGAAAUGAACAAAUUUUCCCUUUGGCAUUUGGUAUCGGCGAUAAGGAAUGUCAUAGUGCGUGGAUGUGGUUUCUCCAAAAGCUUCGCUCCACUUUCGGAUGUCCGGAAAAUUUAGUAAUUGUUUCUGAUCGCCACCCGAGCAUAAAGUCUGCUAUGGAGGUUGUCUACCCUGAAGCCGUACAUGCCAUAUGUUCCUACCACCUUCGACAAAAUAUUCGAAGUCACGGGUCUAAAGUUGUUGGUUUAUAUAUGAAAGCUUCGUACACUUAUUCUUUUGUUGUGUACGAGAAGUCGAUGGCCAUGCUUGCGGCAAAAUAUCCUAACACAAAAAAAGUUGUGGUUGAUGAAGCCAUUCCAACAAGGUGGGUUGCGUUGGGCAAGGAAAUUGCCUGUUUGCUCAUUAUUUGA